AUGGAGGCGACAGUGUCUCAUGAUUUAUGGAUAUGGCACGCAUUUUUUGGCCCUCCAGGUGCUUUGAACGACAUCAAUGUGCUGCAACAAUCUCCCUUGUUCCUCCCCGAGCGUAUGGGGACUGCUCCUUUCUGUCCAUUCACUGUGAAUGAACAUACUUAUAGACAUGGUUACUAUCUAGUCGAUGGCAUAUAUCUUACGUGGCCUACUUUUGUUAAAGCUUACAAAUAUCCUACCGACCCGAAAGAAAAGAUGUUCAAAACAGCGCAAGAGUCGGCUCGCAAAGAUGUUGAGCGAGCAUUUGGUGUUCUCAAAGGAAAUUGGGGUAUCCUUUCUCGACCUUUUCGCCAACGCUCGAUGAAGACAAUACGGAACUUGGUGUAUGCUUGUGUGAUUAUGCACAACAUAAUCAUCCAGGAUAGUGGUCGAGCGAUCUAUCCAGUUCAUAUAGGGGAUCCAGUUGUGCAGCCGAAUAGUGCCCGGGACGCCUUACCGGAGAUACGAGACGAGGAAACACAUUUCUGUCUUCGGCAUGACUUGAAAAAGCAUCUUGCGACUCUCAACUUACCACAUCUCCAGUCGAACGAUGAGUAG